AUGGAGAAUCCUGUUAGCAAUAAUCAACAUGAUGAGAAGUACUGGUCCGAAAGAAGAUCUAAGUUCUUACUUGAUGUUGAUCCGAAAAUAGCUAAACAAAGGAAUAAAGAAGACACUUAUAUUCGCUUCAAGCACCUUUUGCAAAUUACUGAUCUUUUCAGACACUUUAUUGGGAUCAGAGCCAAAUAUGAUAAAAACAUGCAAAAAUUACUGAAGACCAUAGAUGCUGAAAACAAAGUUGCUGGAACGUUGAAAGAGCCAGCCGGUCAUCUCGCUAGGGCUCCAAGGCACUAUAGAAAGACAGAACAAGAAGAAGAUGCUGAAUUGAUGGAGGAUGAGGAAGUUGAGUUAGAAGAGGAUACAACAAUUUUGACACAAUCACCGAGUUUCAUAAAGGAAGGGAAAUUAAGAGAUUAUCAAGUUUACGGUCUGAAUUGGUUGAUUUCUCUACAUGAAAGCAAGCUUUCUGGGAUUUUGGCUGAUGAAAUGGGACUUGGUAAAACGUUGCAAUCAAUAUCGUUCCUAGGUUAUCUUCGGUAUAUUAAAGGUAUCGAGGGGCCAUAUAUUGUGAUUGUACCUAAAUCCACACUAGAUAACUGGCAAAGAGAGUUUGCCAAAUGGACUCCUGAAGUCAAAACAGUCAUUCUUCAAGGUGACAAGGAUUUCAGAAAAGAACUCAUUGAAACUAAGAUUUUAACAUGUAACUUUGACGUGCUAAUUACCUCUUAUGAGAUGGUAUUGAAAGAGAAGUUAACACUUAAAAGAUUUGCAUGGGAAUAUAUUCUAAUCGACGAAGCUCAUCGAAUUAAGAAUGAACAGAGCGCCUUGUCACAGGUGAUAAGACUGUUUUACUCCAAAAAUCGUCUCUUAAUCACUGGUACACCUCUACAGAACAAUUUGCAUGAACUUUGGGCUCUUUUGAAUUUCUUACUACCUGAUGUCUUUGGUGACUCAGAAGUAUUUGAUGAAUGGUUCCAACAAAACGGAAAGGAAGAAGAUCAAGAGGUUGUUGUUCAGCAACUUCAUUCGGUUUUACAACCUUUUUUACUUAGAAGAGUGAAAUCUGAGGUCGAAAAAUCAUUACUUCCGAAGAAAGAGAUUAAUCUAUACGUAGGGAUGACGGACAUGCAAAUAGAAUGGUACAAAUCACUAUUGGAGAAAGACAUCGAUGCCGUAAAUGGAGCCGUCGGUAAGCGAGAAGGUAAAACAAGAUUAUUAAAUAUUGUUAUGCAGUUGAGAAAGUGUUGCAAUCAUCCAUACCUUUUCGAAGGAGCAGAACCUGGCCCUCCUUAUACUACAGAUGAACAUUUAGUCUUCAAUUCGGGAAAAAUGAUUGUACUUGAUAAAUUGCUAAAAAAGAAAAAGGAACAAGGCUCGAGAGUCCUUAUAUUUUCACAAAUGUCACGGUUGCUAGAUAUUUUAGAAGAUUACUGUUAUUUCAGGGGAUAUGAAUACUGCAGAAUUGAUGGCUCAACUUCGCAUGAUGAAAGAGUUGAAGCUAUUGAUGAGUAUAAUAAACCAAAUUCGGAAAAAUUUAUUUUUUUACUUACUACUCGUGCUGGAGGAUUGGGUAUUAACUUAGUGACAGCCGAUACUGUUGUACUCUAUGAUUCCGAUUGGAAUCCACAGGCCGAUUUACAAGCCAUGGAUCGUGCUCAUAGGAUUGGUCAAAAAAAACAGGUGUUUGUGUAUAGAUUCGUCACCGAAAAUGCAAUUGAAGAGAAAGUGAUAGAGAGGGCUGCUCAAAAACUUAGAUUAGACCAGUUGGUAAUUCAGCAGGGUACAGGAAAGAAGACUUCGGCGCUGACGAACAACAAAGAUGACCUAAUUGAUAUGAUACAAUUUGGAGCAAGAGAUAUGCUUCAGCAUGGCUCUGGUAAUAUAACUGUUGAUGAAGACAUUGAUGAAAUUUUGAAAAAGGGUGAGAGAAAGACAUUGGAACUUAAUGCAAAAUAUGAAUCUCUUGGUCUCGAUGACCUACAAAAGUUCAAUGGUAUGGCUGAUCAAUCCGCUUACGAAUGGAAUGGAACAAAUUUUGAGAAGAAGAAGCCAGAUGAUCAUACUGUUGAUUGGAUCAAUCCGCCUAAAAGAGAGCGUAGACGAGAACAGCCUCUGUAUUCAGUGGAUGAUUAUUAUAGAGAAGUUAUAGGUAAUGGAAAGAGCAAACCUUCAGGAAGCAACACCCCAGCUCUGAAAUUACCAAAACAACCUAAAGUUAUUCGUAUGACUUAUUAUCAGUUUGCACAUCCAGAAUUUGUCCGGCUACAGGAGCUAGAACAACUUUGGUAUAAGAAAAGUGUCGGAUACAAAAUCACCGCAUAUGAUGUUAAAGAACACGCAGAUGAAAGUGAGGGUGACGAUGAUGACGAAGAGGAUUCCAGAUCGGACGGAGAAUCAGAUGAUACUAACAAUGCACAAAAACAAGAAGAUGAUAUUGACGCUAAGAUUGCUGAAGAGCAAGCAAAAAUUGACGCUGCUGAAGAAUUCACUGAUGAAAAUUUGGAACAAAAGCAAAGAUUCCUGGAAGAAUCUUUCUAUAAUUGGAAUAAACGUGAAUUUUUAGCCUUCAUCAGUGCAUGCAUAAAAUUUGGUAGAGACAAUUAUGUUUCAAUAUCCAAAGCAAUUCAUACGAAAACGCCAGAGGAAGUUCAGAGGUACUCUGAAACGUUUUGGAAACGCUACAAGGAAGUCCAAGGAUGGGAGAAGUAUGUCGCAAACAUCGAAGCUGGUGAAAAGAAGACUGAAAAGCUAAAGAUACAGGAAACAAUUUUGAAGCAGAAGCUUCAGCAAUAUCAGUAUCCCUUAGUAGAAUUGAAAAUAUUAUAUCCUCCCAACAAUACCAGAAGAACUUACAAUUCAUUAGAAGAUAUAUUUUUACUCGUUACUGUCGGUAACUUGGGUUUGUUUGCCAGUAAUCUAUAUGAAAGAGUCAAGCAGGAAAUACUGAAAAGUCCAUUGUUCAUAUUUUCUUGGUUUAUUAAAACAAGGACACCUUUGGAUAUUUCUAAGAGAAUAGCCACUCUAUUAACACUUGUGCAACGUGAACAUGAAGGGGUAGAACACAAAAGAAAACGUAAAACCGUUACUUCUGCUGACGACCAACCAAAUGAUAGUCACAACCUUAACGCUAACGUGGUGUCUUCACCACCCUCAAAAAGAAUACAUACUGAUAAGCAGUUUAUAGAUUAG